AUGUACAAUCACCUUUCAGAUGUUGUAUGGAAAUUGGUCUACUGCUACCUGGAUACAAGUCAUUUGCUUUCUCACCAAAGCAACAAGCUCCUUGUUGAGAAAGUCAUUUGGAUGGCCCAAGCAGAAUUGGAAAUCCUCAUGCAGUGUGAGGGAGGCUGGGGUGCACAUGCUUCAAUUGCCCAGGUAUUGAAAAACUGGUCAACAUUUGAACAAAGGCAAAAACAGAAUGCCAAAGCAAGGAGGAAGAGAGAAGAGUCUGAUGACAAAGAUGAGGAGGAAGUGGGUGCAGAUGACACUGGUGCUAACAGGCACACUAAAUGUACUUCAGGUACACAGAAAAAGAGAAAGAGGGACAAGUCUGAGUCCAAGUCUGGAUCUGAGGAAGUGGACACAGAUGAUGCCAGCACUAAUAGGCACACCAAACAUGCUCCAGCUACACAGAAAAAGAGAAAGAGAGACAAGUCCAAGUCCAAGUCCAAGGAAGUAGAAAGGGAGAGGGAGAGGGAUGAAGAUGACAAUGAUGAAGAUGAAGAUGAGAGGGAUGUCUACCCAAAAUACACAGAAGCCAGUCAGAAAAUGAGAAAAUCGAUCAUUGGUGAUGAUGACAUCCAGCCCAAUGUGCAUGCCAAGGGUGAUAAGGGUCACCAAUGCCUGGGUGGUACUCAGAAGAAUGAAUUGAUUAGCAGUGGGUCACACACUCCAAGAUCACUUGCAUCAGUGUGGGAGCAAGCCACUGAAGCAGAGGUGCCAGUGGCCUCUGGAUGUCAUGAUGGGUCACAGAAGAAGAAAAGGGACAACAUGUCCCUUGGACUACAAGACUUGACUGAUGAGGAGGACAAUGCAGAAACACAGUCAUCCAUGAUCAUGCAAGAUGACUUCCCACCACAAUGUCCAGGCAUAUAUUGCAAGGACAAGGUCCCAUUGUCACACACCAAAGGUGUUUGCCCUCAUGCAAAGAGGGACAGCCAGCAAUGUCAGCAGUCAUCCCUCACACAAGAACAGGUUGUCAAUGCCAAAGAAAAAGGAGGAGGCAAGUUAAGCGCCAUUCUGCAGACACCGAAACCAUUCCCACACUCGCUUGUAGUGCUCAGCCAUGCAAUCCUACCUUCCAGGAUUGGAAAGGAUUUGCGCACUCCACACAUUUCUACAGCACUCCCUCCAAAAGAUGCUCAUUUCGCUAAUUCUUCUGAUAUGGCUGCCUCCACAUCAGUCAUUUUGCUUGUCCCCUUUGCUAGGGACCAUGGCUACAUAUAUCUACCAGGAGUUCCUACCAGCUUCCAUCCUGAAGCAUCCUGGUACAUCCCACCCUCAUCUGCCCCCUCUCAGCCCAUCCAGCUUGGACAGCGUGUUCUUUUUGUCAGUAUGACCUCCAGGAGGACAUUCUUUGGUCGCCUCAGGUCUGUCAUUCACUUGGAAAGGUCUUAUGUGGUUGUUUCAGUCUCUCCAGUCCAAGAAGCAUAUGGAUCCUUCCUCCCUGCCCCCUGCAACAUCUUCAUACCAGUCUUGUCCAUCAUUCUUCCAAAACUGCAACAGCUACAGUAUAAUCUACUGUUCUCCACUCUCCCUGAUCGCAUCCAUGACAAGUAUGAUGCACAUCUUGCCUCCUUGUUGCAAGAUACAGCAGAAGACGCUCCCCCUUCAUCCUCUCUUCCAACAGAGCCUCAUUCAUGA